ACAAUAAAUAUAUUUUGGGUACAUCGCGUCCGGCACGGCCAUCAACAUGGCAGCUAUCACAAGCAGUCGACUGCUAAAGAACACGGCAUGGUGCGUCUUGAGGCGACACCUCAGUUUGAGUGCUCCACGCUCUGGAACUCAGAUGACAGUUCGAGAUGCCUUAAACAGUGCAAUUGAUGAAGAGAUAGCCCGUGAUGACAAAGUGUUUCUAAUGGGAGAAGAAGUUGCACAGUAUGAUGGAGCAUACAAGGUGACUCGUGGACUGUGGAAAAAGUAUGGAGACAAGCGUAUAAUUGACACACCCAUCACAGAGUUGGGCUUUGCUGGUAUUGCAGUAGGAGCUGCCAUGGCUGGACUAAGGCCGGUGUGCGAAUUCAUGACGUUCAACUUCUCCAUGCAAGCCAUAGAUCAGAUUAUCAAUUCAGCUGCAAAAACUUUCUACAUGUCUGCAGGCACUGUUCCAGUGCCGAUUGUGUUCCGAGGCCCUAACGGUGCUGCCAUGGGCGUGGCUGCCCAACACUCCCAGUGUUUCGCUGCCUGGUACAGUCACUGCCCAGGACUCAAAGUUCUCUCCCCUUAUUCCUCAGAGGAUGCUAGAGGACUGCUCAAAGCUGCUAUCAGGGAUCCUGACCCAGUUGUACACUUGGAGAAUGAGCUGAUGUAUGGCACGUCUUUCGAGAUCUCCGAUGAAGCAUUGUCCCCGGACUUCGUCGUGCCUAUAGGAAAAGCUAAAAUUGAAAGAGCAGGAAGUCACGUGACCCUAGUGAGCCACUCCAAGAGUGUGGGCACCUGUCUACAGGCAGCGGAGGAGCUUACCGGUCAGGGCGUUGAGUGUGAGGUGGUCAACCUGAGGACAAUUCGACCGCUGGAUGAAGAGACCAUCAUCCAGUCCGUAAUGAAGACCAACCAUCUAGUGACAGUGGAGGGGGGCUGGCCACAGUUUGGUGUAGGAUCAGAGAUAUGUGCUCGCUUGAUAGAGAGUGCUGCCUUUAACUACCUUGACGCCCCAGUCUUGCGUGUGUCUGGCGCCGAUGUCCCCACUCCAUACGCCAAGACCCUGGAAGACUCCGCCUUCCCACAGCCAAUCAACGUUAUAAGAGCUGUGAAAAAGAGCCUGAACAUCCCUUGAUGAUCAGCUGUGCAGAUAUUACCAGUUCUUACACCAUUUUAAUAGAAUGAGGGUCGUUAGGUGUAUACAAUGAAAGACUGUGUAUAGGCUCAAAAGUGCUUGUUAGCCGGUGUCUUCUUCCAGGUCAUGGCCGGUGGCUGAAAGUGGGUUUUCAGUAUUUAUGUGGUGUUUUAUGUUUGUUAUCACUCCAAGAGCACAUAUGUACCACUCAAGCUUAGGUAAGGAUGUUUACAGUUUUCAUACUGUCCUUGACAAUUGGAAAAGAAACUCACCGAUAUUUAUAUAUAUAUAUAUAUAUAUCCUUUGGCGCUUUAUCCUUUUCAAAAGUUGAGUGGUAUGUAUUCUUUGCUUAUGAAGUGAAAUACUAUCAAAUAAAAUCGGCAUUAACUUAUUUUUUUAUUGAAUAACAAUUCAGUUCAAAUUAAUUUAAGAAGCACGGUAACUUUUUUAACAUGAGUUUGUAAAUGUGCAACAAUUUUUAAUUUUUAAUGUUUAUUUUACGUCAUGGUUACACUGCCAGUUUGUUUGAUAGGAUGUGAAGAACACUUUCCUAAACUUGGAAUGUCGGUCCACAAAUUUGAUAAUUUGGAAAUUUCGAUUGAGCUGUGUGUGUCCACAAUACCACAGGCAAUGUAUGUAGUCAGGAAGGUUGUAGUGGGAACUAAUCACCGCAUUACGAACAGUAUUGUUAAUACCAACAUUUAUAUUAAUCAGAGAUGAUUAUUAUGUCAUUAACAUGAACUGGUGGAGCCAAA